AAACGAAUCUCUCGAAGCAAAGAAUCUGUUCCAUUUCGAAACGCAAACAGAGAAACGCACCCUGAUUCAGAAGCUCACACAGUCACAAGCUCCUCCUUGUUUUCUUUGCCUUCUAAUGCAUCUAAGUCGCACUUACACAGUUAAUUACAGAAAUUACCGCUGUCGGAGCUAAAACCCUAAAUUCGCGCGUGUAAGAGAGCUUCGCUUUUUUCGAUUAGCGCCGCCGCAAAAAAUGCCGACGAAGGACGACGGAGCCGAUAAGGAGAAGUGCUUCGAGCUCUUUAAGGAUAUAGGAUUGGAUGAGGGCACCGCCCGCAACACCGUCGCCAACAAAAAAGUCACCACCAACCUCAUUACCGUAAUCGACGAGGCUGGUGUUACUGGUGGAUGCGACCGAACUGUUGGAAAUCUUCUUUACACGGUUGCGACAAAGUACCCUGGGAAUGCCCUGCCAAAUCGCCCAACAUUACUUCAAUACAUUGUCACGUCCAAGGUGAAAACAGCAGCUCAGUUAGAUGCAGCACUAGCUUUCCUUGCUGCCAUUGGCCCUGACAAUCUUGAUUUGAAGAAAUUUGAAGAAGCCUGUGGUGUUGGCAUUGAGGUGUCAACAGAAGAUAUACAAAAUGCUGUUAAUGAAGUGUUUAAAGAGAAUAAGGAGAAAAUUUUGGAGCUACGCUACCGAAUAAAUGUGGGCGAGUUACUCGGGCACGUUCGGAAGAGACUCCCAUGGGCUGAUGCAAAAGUUACUAAGGGACUCGUAGAUGCAAAACUAGUUGAACUACUUGGACCAAAGACAGCAGCAGAUGAUGAAAAGCCUACUAAAAAGAAGAAAGAGAAGCCUGCUAAAGUAGAAGAGAAGGCAGCACCUAUUGCUGCCCCAGAAAAGCUGCCUGAAGAAGAACUGAAUCCAUUCUUGAUAUUCCCUAAUCCGGAGGAAAAUUUCAAGGUGCAUACUGAUGUUCACUUUAGUGAUGGUAGUAUUCUUAGAUGUUGCAAUACAAAGGAACUUCUUGACAAGCACUUGAAAGCAACAGGUGGGAAAGUUUUGACCCGCUUUCCACCAGAACCAAAUGGAUAUUUACAUAUUGGUCAUGCCAAGGCAAUGUUUAUUGAUUUUGGGUUGGCAAAAGAUAGAAAUGGAGGCUGCUAUCUGAGGUAUGAUGAUACAAAUCCUGAAGCAGAAAAGAAAGAGUACAUUGAUCACAUUGAGGAAAUUGUCCGGUGGAUGGGUUGGGAACCAUUCAAGAUUACAUACACGAGUGAUUACUUCCAAGAAUUAUAUGAAUUAGCAGUUGAGCUCAUCAAAAGGGGUCAUGCUUAUGUCGAUCAUCAGACACCUGAUGAGGUAAAGGAAUAUAGGGAGAAGAAAUUAAACAGUCCUUGGAGGGACAGACCGAUUUCAGAAUCAUUGAAACUCUUUGAGGAUAUGAGACGUGGACUUAUAGAGGAAGGGAAAGCAACACUGAGGAUGAAGCAAGACAUGCAAAGUGAUAACUACAAUAUGUAUGACCUAAUUGCGUAUCGCAUUAAAUUUACUCCACACCCUCAUGCUGGAGAUAAGUGGUGCAUCUAUCCAAGCUAUGAUUAUGCUCAUUGCACUGUGGAUUCUCUUGAGAAUGUCACACAUUCACUAUGUACUCUUGAAUUUGAGACACGUCGUGCAUCAUACUAUUGGUUGUUACAUUCCUUAGGCAUAUAUCAACCUUAUGUAUGGGAAUAUUCACGGUUGAAUGUCUCAAACACAGUAAUGUCAAAGCGAAAGCUAAAUCGGCUAGUGACAGAGAAGUGGGUUGAUGGGUGGGAUGAUCCUCGUCUAAUGACACUAGCUGGUUUGCGCCGUAGAGGCAUGACCCCGACUUCGAUCAAUGCUUUUGUUCGUGGUAUUGGAAUCACUAGAAGUGAUGGCACUUUGAUAUCUGUGGAACGCCUUGAAUAUCAUGUGAGGGAAGAGCUGAACAAAACUGCUGCUCGCACAAUGGUUGUCCUAAAUCCACUCAAGGUGGUAAUUACUAACCUAGAAGCCAACUCAGUGAUAGAGGUUGAUGGAAAAAAAUGGCCUGAUGCUCAAGCCGAUGAUCCAUCUGCUUUGUACAAGAUUCCAUUUUCCAAUGUUGUAUAUAUUGAGCGUUCAGAUUUCCGGAUGCAAGAUUCAAAAGAUUAUUAUGGGCUUGCCCCUGGUAAAUCUGUGAUAUUGAGAUAUGCUUUUCCUAUAAAGUGCACUGAAGUUAUUCUUGCUGAUGAUAAUGAGACUAUUCUUGAAAUUCGGGCUGAGUAUGAUCCUUCAAAGAAGACAAAGCCUAAGGGUGUUCUCCACUGGGUUUCUCAGCCUUCUCCAGGUGUUGAUCCAUUGAAGAUGGAAGUCAGGUUGUUUGAGAGGCUAUUCCUGUCAGAGAAUCCUGCCGAACUUGACAAUUGGCUUGGCGAUCUAAACCCGAACUCCAAAGUGAUAGUUCCCAAUGCAUAUGGCGUGUCCUCAGUCAAGGAAGCAAAAGUUGGGGACACGUUCCAAUUUGAAAGAUUAGGGUAUUUUGUGGUUGACAAGGACUCUACUGUGGAAAAACUUGUUUUUAAUCGGACUGUGACCCUAAAAGGAAGCUAUGGUAAGGGUGGAAAGUAGGAUUGUCAGAGCAAGUUACAAGAACAAAUAAUCCAUUUACCAUAGAUACAAAAAUCAACUUUUGUUUUUGGGGUUUACGCACACAUUGUAAGGCUUUACUGUUCAUGUAGUUUAUGUACAUUGUUCGCAAGAACCAACCAAACUUCAUUUAUUUAAUUACAUGUUAUGGUUUUGUGGUUUGAAGGUUGUAUUCAUCAUGUUUACUCGGUUAAGUAAAUACAAUAUUACUGUUAUUUUGACA